UCACUUUUAUUUAAAUAAAGGAAGGAAGAGAAUAGAGAGAGAGACUUAACAACUAUUGCACUUGCACAUUAAUUUGAUAUCCUCCAGGCAACUUUGGAAUAUACAAGAAGGCGACAUAGCUAUAGAAAGCAUAAGCAUGGGUCAGCAUUCUUGCUGCAAUCAACAGAAGGUUAAGAGAGGUCUUUGGUCCCCUGAAGAAGAUGAAAAACUCAUCACUUACAUUACCACUCAUGGCUAUGGCUGUUGGAGUGAAGUUCCUGACAAAGCUGGGCUUCAAAGGUGUGGUAAGAGUUGUCGAUUAAGAUGGAUAAAUUAUUUGAGACCUGAUAUUAGAAGAGGAAGGUUUACACCUGAUGAGGAGAAGUUAAUUAUUAGCCUUCACAGUGUUGUUGGCAACAGAUGGGCUCACAUUGCAAGCCACUUACCUGGUAGAACAGACAAUGAAAUAAAGAAUUACUGGAAUUCUUGGAUCAAAAAGAAAAUAAGAAAGCAUUCAUCAAGCUCUAAUUCAACCACCAAUAAUGUUACACAAAAUGUUGUUCAUCAUUCCCACCUCAAUUAUAAUUAUUCUAAUAUAAAAUUAGACCAGUUUGCCAACCAAGAGAAUAUAACAACAGCAAAACCACCAGAAACAACCUUGUUUUCUCCCACAUGCCCUAUUUUUAUGUUUGAGCCUAGUGAUUCACUUCAUGGAACAACAACAGAAAGCAGUUGUAAUCUGCAAACCGAUCAAUACUUCCAAGAUUCUAUAAAUGGUUUGAGCUCUGAAACAUGGAAUCAAGUCCAGUCAUCACUACCUCCUCCAAUAUCAACAACUUUUUCAAUGGACACAAUGAAUUAUCUACCACCUUUGAUAGAGAAUGUGGAAAACAUGGAUGAGGAAGGAGAUCAUAGAGGAGUACUAGAAUGCUUGCAGGGUCACUGGGUAGAAGAAACACAUCAACAGUGUCCUAAUAACUUUCUUUUCUGGGACAAUAUUGUUCAAGGGCAUGGACUUGGUGGGGAAGAACAACUGCCACCAAAUUCAUCAAAUAUGGGAACAAACAGCUUUCUGAAACUUGCAGGGAUUCUUCUUUUCCUUUUGAGGAUGAUCUUUUUCAAUUUUCUCUGUCCCUUUUGAUUGUUGUUUUGAAUGUAAAGAUUGUAAAAAAGUGAGUGAAUUAAGAUACAUGUCAUGUAUAGCCAUGCAUGCGUGAAGAUUAUUGGUUGUGUUUCUGACCCUAUAGAGGGAAAAAAAUAAUAAAGGUGAUUGCUACUGGUAGGUACCAGAGUUUGAUUUUGAAGAUACUAUA